AUUGACCAUUUCACAUAAUUAAUGUAAGACAGAAGAUGGUACUAUCGAUCGCAACAUUAUUAUUAAUUGUUACCGCAUUGGCAACGGCAAAGAAUUCUAUUCAUCCACUCUCGGAUGAAUUCAUAUCUCUGAUCAAUUCCAAGCAAAGUACUUGGAAAGCUGGCCGAAACUUUCCUGUGGGCACUUCUCUCACUUACAUCAAAGGAUUAAUGGGGCUACUCAAGGGUUCAUCAGUAUCCAAGCUCCCCGUCCAAAUUCACGAAGAUGACCUGAUUGUCAAUUUACCCGAAAACUUUGACCCCAGAGACAAAUGGCCUAGUUGCCCAAGUUUGAAUGAAAUCAGAGACCAGGGGUCGUGUGGCAGCGGCUGGGCUCACGGGGCUACUGAAGUCAUGACCGAUCGGGUUUGUAUUUACUCGAAUGGAACAAAACAUUUCGAAUUUUCUGCUCAGCAUCUGAUAAGUUGUUACGACGGCGGCGAUUGCGAUGGCGGCCGAAUAGACGAGGCUUGGCUAUUCUGGAAAUAUGCAGGUAUUGUAUCAGGAGGACCUUAUAAUUCAUCUCAGGGAUGUAGGCCUUACGAGAUUCCUCCUUGCGAACAUCAUGUGGACGGAAAUAGGCCCAAAUGCAAUGAAUCUAGUGAAACACCAGACUGUGUAAAGAAAUGUAGAGCUGGGUAUAAUGUAGAGUAUAAUCAAGACAAGCACUACGGUAAAUUCGUUUACAAACUCAGAGGAGAAGAUCAGAUUAAAGCUGAAUUGUAUAAGUACGGUCCAGUCGAGGCUCGUUUUGUAGUAUAUGAUGAUUUCGUUCAUUACAAAAGCGGGGUGUAUUCGCACACUUCAGGAGAAUACCUUGGUGAUCACGCUGUUAAAAUAUUGGGGUGGGGAGUUGAAAACGGCAAGAAGUACUGGUUGUGUGCCAACUCCUGGAACAGUGACUGGGGUGAUAAAGGUUUCUUCAAAAUUCUGCGAGGUGAAAACCACCUUGACAUUGAAAGCGUAGUUUUAGCUGGAGAACCUGAUUUACGGGGGCUUUAAAUAAUAAAA